AUGAGAAGAAUAGCCGACCUCAAGGUUAGAAGCAAGAAAUUCCUGGCACAAAGGACUAUCUCCGGCCCCGUGCUUCGUAUUGCCUGGGAUUUAGUGUAUUGGAUGGCAAGAUAUGACAGGCGUCUAAGGGUUUUCUGUAAAUGCACGUCUCCAAGGGAGAUAUCUGUUCUUGCUCCCUGGAGGAAACCAUAUGAGAGAAGGGGAUACUACGAGUCCAGGGCCUCCUUCGACAUCGACCUCCAUCCCUUUAUCAACCUUAGGGUCUUAAAGGUCAUUGACUCGUCUGCCUUUGAUAUGUCUUCCAUUAGCAAUACCUGUGUCAAGAAACUAAAGCUUCUUAAAGUCUCUAGCGUGAGAAUGAAAGGCCCUGUGAAUACCGUGCUCCAGGAAAUAGCCCUAAAGGACGUUAGAAUACCAUAUGAAGACAUGGCAAACAUUCUUGGGAUAGAGUCACUAGUAAGUGUGUCGCUGACGAACGUCGACAUCUUAGGAUGCAAUGAUUGGCAGGAAAGGCUUCUAGAGAGGCUUAGAGAGAUGCCAGGCCUAAAAAAGAUAGUGUUGGCCAGCAUGGGUGUUAGUGUUCAGCGGUUUGCUGACUUAUGCAUUGAAAGGGGCCUGGGAUGGUUCAGAAUUGCCGAAGAAGGCAUGUGUCUAGAUGUAAGGCUGUGCUCCUUUUCAAGCGUCGUUCGAUGUGUGGGUAUCCUGAGGUGCCUUUCAAAGCUUGAUCUGGAGAUGGUGGAAGCGAUACAUGUUGGAGGAAGUGACUUGAAGUAUAUGAGAGAGACCCUUCCCAAUCUGAAAGCACUCCAUGUGACCCAGGCAGAGAUAGAUAGCAAGGCAUUCAAGGCAAUAUAUCUUAGAUAUCCAAAUCUGAUUAGACUUGGGUUUUCCGAAUGCAUCUUUAGCGGAACUUCUUUCUACGAGAUCAUCAUGCACUUCAAGAGGAUGCUGAGGCAUCUAGACCUCACUUCAUCAAUGCUUCCUCACGACUACAUCUCUUUUCUGGAAAAGACCUUAUGCUCGUGCUCUGUAAGACUAAAGAGUGGGGAGCUAAUUACGAUUGACAAUCCCACCUCCGGUACGCUCGGUAGAUAG